AUGGAAGAUUUCAAUACAAAGAUCAGGAAAGGGAAUGAAGCUCGUAUGGGAAUAUUUGGUCGUGGGGAAAUAAAUGAGAGAAGUGAUGACCUGGUCAUCUUUGCUAAUGUUCAUAAUUACAAAAUCAUGAACGCCUUUCAAAAAAAAUUCAAAAACCGAUAUGAGAAUCUUAAAACUUUAGAGGACCAGAACAACGAUGAAAUUAACCUCAAUGGCCUGAAAGAUAGUAGUCAAGAAAUACUGGCCGGGCUUUUUAAUGAAUAUCUGAAACAGAGCAAAACGCCUGGGAAAUGGAAUAAAGCCAUACUCCUUUUAUUCUGUAAGAAGGGAGACCUCAGAGACAUGAACAACCAACGACCAAUCAGCCUCUUUAAUGUCGUUUACCAAAUAUUUACUAGAAUAAUUAGCAACAGAAUUGCAAGGCAGCUUGAAAAUCAUCCGGAGGAACAAGCGGGCUUCAAGCAGUCAACCAUACCAUUGAAAAAAGCAAACGACUAUAGAAUUCCACUGGCGGUAGCUCUAGGGGACUAUACAAAAACAUUUGACGGUCGAAUCUGA